CCCCUCACACACAAACACACCCCUCCACUUGCACCCCAGCGUGCUCACAUACAGCUGAGCUCCUCUAUGGUAUUUCCCACAAUAACACCCCGGGUCAACACAGUGACUCUGUCAUUUUGCCUCUGACCCUUGCACUCCUCUCUCCCUCUCUGUCCCUCUCUCUGCCCGUCAGCCUCCAGGCGCCCGGACCAGUCGGAGGAUAAACGCCUCCAGGUUUCAGCUGUCAUCACCGCAGAGGAGUCACUCUGAGCAACAUGAGAGGACGUCCUGUGAAGACGGUCCCAGAGCUGAUCGUCCUGCUGGGAGUCAUUGCUUUGAGUUAUGGUGCCAAACAGAGACCUGAUUAUGACGACACACCCAACCCGGAGUUCCUCAACCCGUCCUGGAUGGCCGGCAUCCCCGAUGAUCAGCCGCUGUCUGAGGUCACCAUGCCCGGGACCCACAACACCAUGGCCCUGUUCGGGGGUGUGUACGCUGAGUGUCAGACCUGGAGCCUGGCCUCUCAGCUCCAAGCAGGCGUCCGCUUCCUGGACGUCCGUGUGCGUCACGUCAAGGGGAACCUCACCAUCCAUCACGGGGUGUCCUACCAGCGGGCCCACUUCGGCCAUGUGCUGCAGGGUGUGGCUGACUUCCUGCAAGAGUUUCCCAGUGAGACCGUGCUGAUGCGUUUAAAGGAGGAGUACAGCGAGACGUAUGACAUCUACGGGGCUGUGGUGGACUACAUCCACCGCUACGCUCACUGGGACCUGCUGUGGCACAGCCGGCUGGUGCCCACCAUGGGAGAGGCCCGAGGGAAACUCAUCAUCCUGCAAGACUUUUCUGGGCCAGACCUGGGGAUGCGCUAUGGAUCCCUCGACAUAGCAGACAAGUGGAAGGUCCCCACACUGGUGCACGUGGAGGAGAAGUGGAAAAGCGUCUACGACCACCUGGAGGCUGCGCCCACAGGAAACCAGGCCCAGAUCUUUCUCACCUUCAGCAGUGGAGCUGGAGUGUUCGCCUUCCCCAGAGCCGUCGCUCAGCGCGUCAACCCACAGCUGUACGACUACCUGAGCGCCAAGACCGACCUCAACCAGCGCCUUGGGAUCAUCUGCAUGGACUUCCCUGCUGCUCCCAUGAUUCAAAUGAUCAUUGAAUUCCAACUUAAGGAGGUGACAAAGAGGAGGAACGACUUCAAUCCAGUUCUUAGCAAGCGAAGUCUGAAAUAUCGAAUUCCUCCACCGUGGAAGAAGAUGAGGAAACUUUUGAAUAAUAAGGUUUGAGCCAAAAUGCAAUAUAGGGCACAGUAGAUCACAUCCAGUACAUCCAUCACUAUGGACACCAAAUACAUCAGUUGAAGCUUUGAUAACUUAACCACUCUAAAGCAAAAUACAGGAUUUAGAUUAUACUUCAGAUAGAACUUAUCAUUGUGUCAUUCAGCAAAGAUACUGGAAACAAAAAUAAAAGUCACAUAAAUGGCAUCAUGUGGAGAACAGAAAAUAAACUGUGGAACC